AUGGCGGCGCGGUUGACGUACCGCCUCAGCGUAUACCUGUGCAUCGCCACCGCGCAUGCUCGUCUCUAUAGCAACAUUAAGAAACUUUUGCCUUCCAGUUUACGCCGAUGUUUACGAUCUUUGAAACUUUUUGAAAUCUGGAAGAAAUAUGAACCUCGUCUCCCAAAGCCUUAUUAUGAGGAGCAUCUGCUGGAUACUGCAGAUUUUCUUUUCGAGACGAAAUUUUACAGAUUGGCUCUGUGGCAAGGAUACACACGCUACUUACACCGGUUCUCCCCUGCUAGCUUGGACAACAUCAAAGAUCUGGAGCAGUUCAAGCAGGCCUUCUUCUCAAAAGGCUUUUAUACUGCAGAAGCAAAGCUUACGCUCCGUGCUUUGUAUGGGGAAUGCUUGUGUGCUUAUUACUUGGAACGUGAGAGGUGCAGGCAGCGAGAUUGCAUUGGGAUGCAGAAACUGCUCAACAUUCUUGCAUUUUUGCGCAUCAUGAUGCAGGCCAUCCUGCCCCAUGAGAGCCUGAGCUGGUUGUUGUACAAUGGUUCUUUGUACAUUUACAAAAUCUGUAGGUUCCUGAUGUCCAUAAGUCACUCUGCACAGGCUCUGGAGUAUUUACUGUGGGCAUGUGUGUGUCUGGAGACAUCCAUCCCACUGCUAACUCCUAGUUUCCUGUCCUGGAGAGCAACACUUUACUGUAGUGUUUGUGAAUGUUACUAUACUGGCCAGGCUGCUGUGCAAGCAGAGAUGUUUGCUAGACGAGCUCUUGUUAAAAUAGAUGAGCUAGGGAAGCUGGAAAAGUUGAGUGGAUUCCCAUCCUCACCAGAGACAAUGCGAGCCUUUAAAGAAGCCACCAUCAAGGUUGCUGUCAUGGUGUUUAAACGCUCAGUGUAUGAAUCUCGGAGGAAACCUAAAGGAUAUUUCAGGUUAAAACAGAAGAGCAAUCUCAGGGAUGGUCAUAACAAUCCAUGGCCACGUACAACAACCGAGCGCAUCCUGAUGGAGCUGUUUGACGGAAAUGCUGCUCAGUUCCUGGCAGUGUUGGAGGCUCUGUGGGACAGUUCCCGCAGACCUCUGCAGACUGGCUUCCCAGAUGAUCCUGAUAUACAGGAGGUGGCAAUCGAGCUCAUGUCAGCUGGCAUCAGCAUACUGUCUGGAAAUGGUGGCUCCUUCAUUCGAGCUGGAAGUGAUAGCCUGCCGUUGUCUUUGAAUGCCCUCACUCCUACUUACACCCUUAUGGAGAUGGCAAUAGCUGGGAAAAAUCAAAUUUCAGUGGACGCUGCAGUGAAGUUUGUGAAGUUGCUGUUUAGAUAUGAGCAGUGGGAUGUGUUCUGCAGCCUUUCAAACAACCUUGUGACCGUACUGUCUAGCUUGGAGGGCCGUCUCUUCCGGAAGGCUGAAUUGGAGCUUACUCUGUUGGAGGCUGUGGAGCAUCUCAUUUCCUCGCAGAGGGUCUCGCUGGGGACCAAAGACGUCAUGGCUGAGAUUCAAACUGAUAAAGACCAAUCUUCAGUGCCAAUUAGCAUGACAGAUGAGCUACUAAAUCUGGUCCAGACUCUGCAUGUAUGCGUGUGUGAAGCAGCCCAGGACAUCAGACCGGAUGAGGAUCUGGUGCUGGAUAUUUUAUUGUAUCUCUGGGCGAAAUGUAAGCUUGUGUUUCAGAGAGCUCAGGCCAGACACAAUGACCCUGUAGGCUACAUAGCCAAAAUGGCCUUUCCAGACAAGUGGGUCCAGACUCUGUUCCUUCUGUGUGAGGUGGCCUAUAUGUGCCAGCUGGCUGAUAUAGACCCAGUGGCAGUGGCUGAGAUGACAUUAAGACUAGCCUCAGUGCUGGAGGGCAGUGCAGACUCGCCUUCACUGACCAUCUCAACAAAAUACACAACUAACGGCAGCAGUUUGAGUUCCACCCCUGUGGAUAAACCUACAGCCACACCUAGUAUUAACUCACAAGUAGAACAUCUUGAGAUGGUGUGGACUGUGCUACAGAAAGGCCUGGAGUGUGUAUCAAGAGGCAGGACUGUAUGUCUCCCUUGUGGUGUUUCUGCCAUCUCUGACACUGCAUACCUACAGAUGUUUAGUGAACAUUUGAGAUCGUCUAGGGAUGGACAGAUUGAGAGAACUAGCAGUUCAUUCACAAGAUCUCUCUUAAUGGAUAUGCAUUUGGAACUGUUGGCUUUUCAGCACAGGAUAUCUCUCAAACUCCUAGAUAUCUACCCAGAUGAUGAGAAUCCUGAGGGGAGAAAGAGGCCACUUAUGCAGAGUACACAAGGACAGUGUACUGCUGUACUUUCAAAGAGGGCCAGAACAGAAUGUGCAAUGCAAGCAAAGAUUAAGAAGAAUAAAAUCUCCAGAGUUUUGUUUCUGGUGCAGAAGGCCUUACUUUCCUACAAGAAAGAUGCUACUAACAGAGGAACCAAACAGCUGCUUGAGGAGGCUUUGGCAUUACUGGAGAAAGCAGGAGUUGAGGAGAAGCGGCUGCUUAGUGAUGCUACCUCUGCAGAGAUGGGAUUAGGAGUGGGAGAAGGGUGUAGACCUCCUCCACCUCCUGUGCUGGUAUCACGUAGCAACCAAGCUUUAACUUUCACACCAGCACCAUAUGUGCAGGAGGAGCAGGUUUGCUGGUACCGAAUUUAUGGUAAAGAAGUUGGAGGUGUCAACCUGAAAGUGAGGAUUGGAGACUGCCACCUGACUGGCACUGGUGAAAUGAUUCCGUCUAGAGGAGAACGCUUGUUUUGCAUAAGCGGCCUGGAGUCCAACCAGAAGUAUAUUUUUGCUUUGGCAGCCUACGAUUCUCAGGGCAACCUGAUCGGAGGUAGUAUUGGAGAUACCACCCGGCCAGUGCUAGCCUACCUCCCCCUGCCUCUGCUGACAGCCUGGGCACAUCUGGCUCAGGUGGCGUACCAAACAGGACAGUAUGCACUAGCCAAGAAAGCCUGCAGUGACAUUUGGAGCCACUUUACUCUUCCAUCGGCUGCAGAUUCUGGAGCCUGUCAGAAACCAGUGGAUGAGAAUGCUCCUGAGAGGCUUGCCCAGACAAAAUUGUGUGCAGAGACAUUGCAGCUCUCCUCUCCUAUACUACAGCAGCUUUUCCUCACCUCAAUCUUUAUGCAAACUGAUAUCAACAUCCAGGAGAGAGCACUAUACUGUGAUUCCGUCAGUGAAGGAAGCCCUUUGAUCUGGGAACAGGAGGAUAGACUUGCAGAGUGUGAGAAGAUGCUUGUGGCCAUAGAUCUGUCUCUUCAUCUCAAUGACAGCAGUGCUGCAUUACAGGCAGUAGUGAGCUGCUAUGGCCUCCUGGCACCUCUUAUCUUCUAUCAGAUCCCAUCAGACCCUGUGAUCCAGGUGCUGUUGAAGUGUCUGAUGGUGCUGCAGGAGAUUCCAGGCGCACUUAAGCAAAAAAGGCCUGUAGUUACUACCGAAUCACUGUAUCAUAUGGUGGCCUGCAUUACACAUUAUGUAGCCAAGGGUUUGCAAGCUUCAAAAGAGGAAUGCAUGGCAUCUUCAGUGAUGGAACAAGGCAAGCAGCUCUUAAUGGAGAUGAGUGAGAGUCUACCACAGAAUGACAGUGUUCAGAAACCCCAAAAGAAGACAGUGGCUGAACAGGAGGAUGAACCUAGUGAGGAGCUGAAGGCUUUGACAUGUAUUGCUUUGAAGCUGCAAGAAAAAACCAGAGCACUGAACAGGAAGAGAGAAGCAGCAGACAGUAUUGAUCAUGACCUCAGUGGAGAAGAGGAUCCCAAAAUUCUGUACAACGUGAUUGGUUCCAACUCCCUAAAGAAUGCCUUCAAAAAUGUAAUGAAGUUUAAACAGACGUCUGGCUUCAUGGAGUUUGCGGCAGUUCUUCUGGAGAAAGCUAUGCAGGAGGAUCAGCUGGAACUGCUAAUCCAGUGGGGCCAAGAAAUCUUCAAGUGGAUUAAGAGCCGAGAUGAAAGUUUGAUGUUGCCAAAGAAGCCUUAUGAGAAAUUGGGGAAAGAUCAGAAGAAGUUAAUGAUAUCCAUCAUCCAGUUCUGUAAUAAAAAAAACAGAGUUUAUAAAAAGAAGAAAGCAGUAUCCAGCUCAGAAGAUUAUGAGAAAGUGUUUAAGGCAGUGGAGAUAAUGAUGAAACAUUUGGGUUCCGUGAGAAGCCACCAACAGCAGAGGAUGAUGAUGCAGAUGCACUUGGAUGAGUUGCCAUGGCGAUGCCGUGCCAACCUUACCCUGGCUCAAGCACACUUUGGUCUGCUAAGAAAGUACCUACAACUAAACCCUCUCCAGCACUGUUACAGCAAGUUGUCUCUGCGCUGCUUCUCCUUGGCAAAUUUGGGAACACUAGUGAAAUGGAAAAAUAUUUCUCAACAAACCGAGCCUCCUGAGUUGAGCCCUUCAGUCCUCAAACCCACCAUUUACAAAGCCAAGGAUAUCAGUCAGGGAGUAGCAAUCAACAGUGAAUCGGGGUCUGGGGAAAGUGAAGUGGAGAGUGAGAUUUACAAUCCAUGCUUUGAACUGUUCAGUGAAUCAGAAAGCAGUGAAACAACUGAAAGUUCUAUGCAAUGCCUUAUGUUCAAGCAACUGGACAUAGUCUCCAAGGCCUCACUACACCUCAGGAGAGCUAUGGUUUUAGCCUAUCGUGGAAGACUUUGGACAUCUUUACAGUGGGUGUGUGAAAUCCUGUGGGACCAGUUCAGCACCAUUGCAUUUCUGGUGGAGUGUAGCCAGAGCUCUGAAAAUCCCAGCACACUAACACUGGCUCACUUAUACACAGUGUUCACACCCCUGCUGGCUCUCGCCUCAGAGAUGCUCAUGGACAUGAUGGAAAAAUUAGAGCAAUGGAAGGUGUAUGAUGAGGAAGGAGAAGAGCUGGAGACCAGGCCUCUGAAUAAUGGAGUACUGAUAGAUUUGAAGUGGAUGAAGAGUUUGGUGUUGCACACACUGGAACUCCUCUUCUACCAGAACAAAUGGGAAACUCUUGCUCAUCUUGCCUUGUUAUACAACUUUUAUUCAAGGGAACACUACACCCAUGUCAUAACCCCAGUACUGGUAUAUGCCCAGAGAAGACUGCUGGAAAGAAUAAGCUACUUUGGAGGCCCUUCAGUCCCUCAGCCACACUUCACCUACACAGAGAUGGUCACUGGAAAAAAGGUGACCUGUAGGAACUAUGCAGUCAAGCAACUGCUCUUAUGUUCUAGUGUAGAGAGUUGUCUUGAGAGUACUUCAAAUAGUACUGCCUCAGAACCUCUGGAGUUGGCAGAAAGAAGACGAGCCAUGUGCGUAGUCUCUGUACCACUGGACAUUGAUGACACAUUGCACUGCUUCAGAGAGUCCCAGGCCAAGAGAUGUCACACACUUCGUGCCUUCGAACACAGCCGCACACUGUUUAUGCUUCUGCUAGCUAACUCACAGCACCCAAUAGAGGUGCCAUUCUGUAAGGAGCCCUGUCAUGGCUCACAGGACAAAGUGGAGUUUAACAUAGCAGUCAGCACUGCUCCAUCUAUCGGUCCUCCAGAUCUGUCCUAUGAAGACUACAACUCUGUGGAUUCUGUGUACAGCUCACCUCUAUCUCCCUCGUACAUCCAGACUGUCCUGUCCUCCUAUAACAGCUCUAUCAAAUACCUUCAGGCAAAUAAUUAUAACUCACUGCAAGUUCAAACUCUGCAUGACCUGGGGAACCUAUAUUUCUACAAUGGAAAUCCAAAGGCUGCUCACACACAUUGGAGCAAGGCUCUGGACUGUUCCCUGCAGACCACAAAUGUUCUAGAAUCCUGGGAUGGUGAUUCUUGGAGCCAUAACUCUACUCAACAGCCCAUGAGGCAUGCUGGGAUAUGGGGUUGUCUCCAGGGUGCAUUGUUGUCUGCUAAGAUUGCUCAGUAUAUCUUUACAUCUAAUAUAAGCCAACGGACAAAUUGCUGCCUUCUCUCUGCUAAGCUCUUUAAGUGUCUGUUGAGGGCAUCCCAGCCUCAUCCUGAUAAUGAUCUGGAAUACUCGUCCUACACACUGAAUAUGGAGCUCAUACCUGGGGUGAAGGUCUUCUCAGACUCAGACCAAACUCUGAUCGGAAACACUGUGGCUAGCCUGGGCUUUGUGUGUGACUGGCUCUACACCACAGGACAUCACCUCUCAGCACUUCCUCUUCUGGUUCUCUACGAAUAUGUAGCCAGUAAAGUGUGUCGGCACCCACAUCUCACUGCAGGAUGCAGAAUACUGAAGGUAAAAAUGUUGACUGAGCUGCACCUUUUUGCUGAGGCAGUGAAAGAGAUACACCAUCUCAGUGAUGGAGAGGAAGUCCCCCAGCCUCACAGUAGCUUCACUAAAUCAGUGAACAUUUCGACAUGGAAGCAGUUCAGUAAUUAUAAACCUCUCACAGAUCCUUGUAAUCUUGAGGUUCUGGAGGAGCUUGUGAACAAGAGACUUAUUGAAGACAUCAUGGCUUUGUAUGGCACCAAACUAACCUGCCAACUCCAUCUGGCCAGACUUCAACUCAUCUUGGCCAUAUGUAGUACAAUUCAUUACCUACCUGAGCCACUGUCAGACAUUUUGGAGGAAAAGGUGAGGAGCUCAGGUUUUUCCAGCCUGAGCAAAUCCAGCAGUGACCAGUUUCCCAGCAGCCCCAACAUGAAGAGUGUAGAACCCAAAGGCCUGCAGCUUCAGCUCCAAAAAGACACACUUACUCCAGGACAAGUCAAGACGCUGUUACUGAAAGAGACCUUUAACCAGCUAAACUCUGAGCUGUAUGCUCUUCAGCACAUCCAUACAGACCCUGAGGAGCUGAAUCUGGCUGUGGAGAUCAGACUGCUGCUGUCCAGUCUCACCCUGCAGCAAGGCAAAGCUGCCUUAAGUGCGGAUCAGGCAGCGUCAGCUCUCAGAUUACUGCAGGACUCUUCAUUGCUCCAGAGUGACAGUAUCCAACAACUGGCACCAAGACAGCCAUCUUCUGUGCUUAAUCAGUCCAGUACUAGAGCUGAGCAUGAGAAGCUGUAUGAGCCUGAGGCAGAUACAGGACCUCAGCUAGGGGACAUGCCUGCUACAGUGGAAGCUUUAGAGCGUAUGGGUCGCUCAUUAUGGCUCCGCUGCACAGUGGCUGUGGUCCAGAGCCUCUCUGCUCACAUCCCUGGCACUGUCAUCUAUGCAGGUGUGGACAGCAGUGUGGAGGCAGACAGGUUGAUAAAACAAGGCCUAGCUGAUGCUGAGGCCUGGGGAGACCCAGACACACAGGUCCUGCUACUCCUACAGGGGGUCACGUUGAACACACACUGUGGUAGGGCACCAGAGGAGAGCACCGCCAUGCUGCAGGAGGCAGUAUGUCUGCUGUCUGGCCGCAGUACCCUUUCUCUGCAGUCUGGUCUGUCCCUUGCUAAGGCCACUCUUCGGCUGAGUGAGCUGAGGGGUUCAGAUGGUCAACCGCUUUACUUGCUCAAUCAGAAACUCCUGCUGCAGCAGCUGAUGUCACUGGGCGAGUGUUUUGUGAAGACGGCAGAGGGAAGAUUGAAGCUGCUCUCCACUCCAGCAUGGAAGAACAUUUACCACCCACAGCUCCCUCUACUGGCCCGGACAACCAUGCGCUUGGGCCAGUGUUUGGCCCUGCAGGCAAUGGUGAGAUCUUCAGAAGAGGAUAAACAAUACAUGAAUCUGUGGUUAUUGGCUCAGGAGAAGCUCCAUUCUGCAUUCAUCAUCUCACAAGCCAUGGCUAGCAGAGACCCCCAGCUGGAGGCUGAUAUCCUACAUCUUAAAGGACUUGUGGGGAGGAGCCUGAUGUCACUGGGCAUACUCAGACACCAGCCAGUGGUGGAAACCUUUCUGGAGAGCAUCACAUUGGCUCAUUCUCACACCCACAGUCUGCAGUUGAUCCACAUGUGCUAUAUGGAGAUGGCUCUAAUAUACCUGCAGCAGUGGCAGAAUACCCCCACUGACCUUGCAGAACCUCCAACACCUUUGGAACCUACUGAAUCUGACAAGUGCUCAGACUGCAUUACUGUGGCGCAGAGUCACUUACUUCUUUUCUGGGUUUGUCUGAGAGCUGCUGCAAAGACAGUGGAAGUGCUCACAAACCAUGGGCAGUUGUGUGGCAUCACUACAGAGACAGAAGGUCCACUUCCUCUUAGAUCUCUCAAAGCUCUUGCUGAUUUUGUCUCCAAUGAUCUACUCAGUCCUUGUGGUGGGAUGCAGGAGCCCACGGUAGUUCAGCCCAGUUCUGAUCCAGACAUAGACAAUGGGCUGAAAGUCAAGAAAUGUUCUGAGAUCAACUGGGAGCAUCUCAUCCGCUACUAUACACACCUACUCAAUCUGAGGCACAUCUCCAGACAACCAAUGGCAAAGCAGUGUGUAGAGGAGUUUAUGUCUCCAGCUGCUGAUUCAAAUUUAACUCUCAAACUCACUCAGUUACACACCUUCUUCAGUGAUCACUUAGCAAAUUACAAAGAGCAGUGUGUUAUACCUGAUCCUCCAUCUGUCCUCAUACUGGAGCCUCAGACUAUACAGCAGACGAUGUCAGACCUGUAUCCAUGGGCCACACUGAACACACACCAGCUCUGCAUUCAGUGGCAUCGACCCACGCUCGCAAGCAAUGGACUAUCACCCAAAACGAUAAUGCUGGUCUUUGGACUAAAUAAAGCACCAUCUGACACACAGCCCAACAUCCCGGCUGCUGCUGACAUAGAGGCUGGAUACAGACUUAUCUCUACAGACAGUUUGAAAGCUCUACAUGCUCAGCUGAUCUCGUUGUGUGUGGAGACUGAGGUGGAUGUGAGUGUGUCAGGCUCUUCAACCAGCUUGACCACCUCUGUCAGCUGCAUACAGGAGAGUGAACAUGACAGCGAGACGUCUGUUAAAGCCAGCACCAUCUCACAGCAAACGAUGCUGGUAAAGAAAACCAUGCAUGUGUGUACUGAGAUAAGAAAUCUGCUGAUGCCUGAUUUAAAAACAAAUCCCAUCACAAAGGUACCCUUUGAGCCAAGUGUUCAGAUCUUGUGUGACCUGGAACGCUGCUUUAACCCUGCCUCAGGAGCCACUUUGGAGGACAGAGCACUAUGUGACUGGCUCUUUUCUCUUCUCAUCUGACACUAC